AUGGCGUCCACAGGCCUGCAGCUACUUGGCCUCCUAUUGGCCGUGAUGGGCUGGGUGGGCGGGGCUCUCGUAUGCGCCUCCCCCUUGUGGCGAGUCUCCGCCUUCGCUGGCGGGGAGAUUGUGAUCGCUCAGGUUCUAUGGGAGGGGCUAUGGAUGACCUGUUUGUCCCAGAGUACGGGGCAGAUCCAGUGUAAGACUUACGACUCCACCCUGGUCCUCCCCAUCUCCGCCCAGGUGUCCCGCACCCUCUCCGUGCUGUCCCUCCUCCUCUGCCUCCUCGCCCUCCUGCUAGGCGUGGCUGGGGCUAAGUGCACCAAGUGUCUAGGAGAAGGAGCGUACUCCUCCAAGGCUAGGCUAGCCCGUGUGGCUGGGGUACUGUUCUUCUUCUCUGGGCUGCUCUACCUGGUACCUAUCUGUUGGACGGCCUACGCCGUGGUCAGGGAUUUUUACGAUCCAAAAGUCGCCGCGACGCUGAAGAGGGAGUUAGGCCCCGCCUUGUAUCUAGGCUGGGGGGCGGGAGUUCUGCUGCUGGUGGGAGGGGCUCUGCUGAAUGCAGGCUCCUCCCCUCCAGGGGUUAGGGCAACGCCGACUUUUGGGGUAGGUGGGAGGAGUAACCCACUGCCUGUGGUGGUAGAGGAGAAGGAGUACGUCUGAAACCUGCCACACCAGGGUUGUGUUCGUUAAAUUGGGAGAAAACGGACUGAAACAGGGAGGGACUACCUGAACGUGUCCAAUGUGAAAUGCUCAUUUUCAUUGUCCAUUGUAAAAAAUGUGCUACAUUAUGCCCUAAUGAAUACAACCCCGUCACUAAACUCUCAGUGAAGGAGAGACAGGUCAAAAUGUAAAUAAGAAAAUGCGUAUGAUUAGGUUUAAGAAAAUGUGCAUGAUUAUUCUCCAUUUCUGAAGGCCACAUGUAGCCAGCUUUGUUAUUC